AAAUUGAUAUGAAAACGCAAUUUAGGUCUACGAUCAAAUUCAUCAAAUUGACAAUGGACCGUCUCUCCAAUGUUUUCUCUCUCCUCGCCUUCGCCGACGAAGAUGCUCCGACCAAGGCUCCAGCUCCGGCUACUUCGUCUUCUCCGGCCACAGCUUCUUCACCAUCGUCUUCAUCUUCUUCUGGGAGACAAGGAGAGAAAGUUAACGGUUCGAUUGAGCUUGAAGGCUUCAAGCAACCACUUGUCUGGAUUGACUUGGAGAUGACUGGUCUAAAUAUUGAAGUUGACCGAAUAUUGGAGAUUGCUUGUAUCAUUACUGAUGGCAGAUUAACCAAAUCAGUGGAGGGUCCAGAUUUGGUAAUACAUCAAACAAAAGACUGCUUGGAUAAGAUGGGUGAGUGGUGUCAAACACAUCAUGCUGCUAGCGGGUUGACUGAGAAAGUGCUUCAAAGUACAAUCAGUGAAAGUGAAGCUGAAAAUCAGGUCAUGGAAUUUGUAAAGAAACAUGUAGGUUCAGAGACUCCACUUCUAGCCGGAAACUCAGUUUACGUGGAUUUCCAAUUCUUGAAGAAGUACAUGCCAGAUUUAGCUGCCCUUUUCUCUCAUGUGGUCGUCGAUGUCAGUAGUGUCACAGCUCUAUGCAUCCGUUGGUAUCCGAAAGAACGAAGGAAAGCUCCAACAAAGCAAAAUAAACACAGAGCCUUGGAUGAUAUAAGAGAAAGCAUCAAUGAGCUUAAGUUCUACAAGGAAAGUAUAUUCAAAGCAAACAAAUCAAGGAGAUGAGCUCCUUCCUUGGGGUAUAUGCUUUUGUUACAGGAGCAUCUCUUUUGCAGGGAACCCUAAAUCAUCACUUGGAAGGGUUUAUUUGCCUUGUAAACGGCCUUUUGCUUCUAAAUUAUUCUUUUGGGUGUAAUAUUAGGGUUCCAAAUUAAAUUUCAAACUAGGGUUUGAAAGUACCUUGUAGGGCAAGUCUGGAGAGCCAGAAUCUCACUUGCAAUAUAUGCAGCACUGAAUUGUGUUGGAACAUUUCUUGACAUUGAAGUAAUGUUGAAUUCUGAAGCAUUAAUAUUUAA